CAUGCUGAUUAACCUAUAUACAGAAUCGCCUUCACUUACAGUGUGUGGUGCUUGAAACUGCAGUCUCGCCGGGGCAUGCCACUACGAUACUUCUGCGGGACACCAUUCGUUGCGUUGGCCGACUUUUCCCUGGCUGCAGUUAUGUCAAGUCGAACAAAGCUAGACUUCUCCGAAGUGGAAACUUUCCUAGAUGAUCAUCCAGAUCUUUUCGAAGACUACUUGCUUAGGAAGGGGAAGUACAGCACAGUGGAGAAAUGGCUCAAGCAGCAUCAUCUGAGCAAGACCGCGCUAACUUCCAGCACCGAGGAAAAGAACACCCCGGCUAAAGAAUGCUGGGCGACUAAGGUUGACGGGCUGCAGUGCAGACCUUCUCAGAGGGAGCUCAGAAAAAGCUUUGCCAGAUCCAAGGCGAUGACCGCCAACAGGACUUAUGACGAGCAUGUAAACUCCAGAGACAAGGAACCCCUCUCCAGCAUGAGGCGGCGAGCUCUGCUUAGGAAAGCGAGUUCGUUACCCCCCACCACCGCUCACAUCCUGAGCGCCUUACUAGAAUCUCGGGUCAACAUACCCCAGUAUGCAUCUACGGCCAUCGACUACAAAUACGAGCUCAGGGAUAGCAAUGAGAGGGAAUUCUUCCUAGAAUUAGUAAAAGACAUAUCCAAUGAUCUGGACCUGACCAGCCUAAGUUACAAAAUCCUCAUAUUUGUCUGCAUCUUGGUUGAUGCCGACCGGUGUUCCUUGUUCCUGGUGGAAGGAACUUCAAACAAAAAGACUCUAGUUUCCAAAUUCUUUGACGUACACGCAGGGACCACGGUGUUGCCUUCGUGCAGUAUGGAGAACUCCAACGAAGUGCAGGUGCCGUGGGGGAAAGGGAUCAUUGGCUACGUGGCUGAACAUGGCGAGACUGUCAAUAUUCUCGAUGCGUAUCAGGACCGUCGUUUUCGAGAUGAGAUUGAUAAAUUGACGGGAUACAAGACGAAAUCCCUGCUUUGCAUGCCGAUUCAAAACAGUGAUGGUGAGAUCAUUGGUGUUGCCCAAGCCAUAAAUAAAAAUCCUGGAGGAGCUCCCUUCACUGAGGACGAUGAAAAGGUGCUGGGGAUGUACCUCCCAUUCUGUGGCAUUGCGAUUUCAAAUGCUCAACUGUUUGCUGCUUCCAGAAAGGAAUAUGAUAGAAGCCGGGCUCUGCUGGAAGUAGUCAAUGACCUGUUUGAAGAACAAACAGAUUUGGAAAAAAUUGUCAGGAAAAUAAUGCACCGAGCACAGACACUGCUGCAGUGUGAACGAUGUUCUGUAUUGCUCCUUGAAGACAUUGAAUCACCGGUGGUAAAGUUCACAAAAUCGUUUGAGCUCCUGUCUCCCAAAUGCAGUGCAGAUGCUGAAAGCAGCUUGAAAGACAGCAUAGAAAAAUCAUCAUAUUCAGAUUGGCUGAUUAACAACAGCAUUGCUGAGCUUGUAGCGUCUACAGGUCUCCCUGUGAAUAUAAGCGAUGCGUAUCAAGAUCCCCGGUUCGAUGCUGAAGCUGAUCAGAUUUCUGGUUUCCAUACCCGUUCGGUCCUUUGUGUACCAAUAUGGAACAGUGGCCACCAAAUAAUUGGUGUAGCACAGGUCCUCAAUAGGCUGGAUGGGAAACCCUUUGAUGAUGAUGAUCAGCGACUCUUUGAGGCAUUUGUUAUUUUCUGUGGCCUUGGCAUCAACAAUACCAUAAUGUACGAUCAAGUGAAGAAAUCCUGGGCAAAGCAAUCUGUAGCUCUUGAUGUCCUGUCCUAUCAUGCAACAUGCCUGAAGACUGAGGUGGACAAAUUUAAGGCAGCCAACAUCCCACUUGCUUCUGAACUCAAUAUUGAUGAUUUCCAUUUCAAUGAUUUCUCCCUCGACAAGGAUGCUAUGAUCACUGCUGCUCUCCGAAUGUUUAUGGAGCUUGGAAUGGUGCAGAAAUUUAAAAUUGAUUAUGAGACUUUGUGCAGGUGGUUGCUAACCGUGCGGAAGAACUACAGAAUGGUUCUGUACCACAACUGGCGACAUGCGUUUAAUGUGUCUCAGUGCAUGUUUGCAAUGCUGACUACUGCAGAUUUUCAGGAGAUUUUAACAGACACAGAGGUUCUUGGUCUAAUGGUUGGCUGCUUGUGUCAUGACUUGGAUCACAGAGGCACAAACAAUGCUUUCCAGGCAAAGAGUGGCUCUGCCUUGGCACAGUUGUAUGGCACCUCAGCUACUCUAGAACUUCAUCAUUUCAAUCAUGCAGUUAUGAUUCUUCAGAGUGAGGGACACAAUAUUUUUGCGAGUCUUUCCUCCAGGAUGUACAGUGACAUCAUGCAGCUUUUGAAACAAUCAAUACUGUCCACAGAUCUAACACUGUACUUUGAGCGAAGAACAAAGUUUUUUCAGCUCGUAAAUUCAGGAGAAUACAACUGGAAUGUAAAAGACCAACGGGAAAUGCUCAGGUCGAUGCUGAUGACUGCCUGUGACCUUGGGGCUGUAACAAAACCGUGGGAGAUAUCAAGACAGGUUGCCAAACUGGUUACAAGUGAAUUCUUUGAACAAGGAGACAGGGAAAGAUCAGAAUUAAAACUCACCCCCUCAGCCAUCUUUGACCGAAACAGAAAAGAUGAACUUCCAAGACUGCAGCUGGAAUGGAUCGAUGGGAUAUGUGUUCCCCUUUAUGAGGCCCUGGUGAAAGUCAACCCACGCCUGAAGCCAAUGCUAAAUGGGAUUAUCCAGAAUAGGCUUAAAUGGGUGGAGAUGCACCAAAGAGGACAAGGAGGCAGAGACAAUCCCCGCCGCAGCACAACCACGCAAGACAUCAGCUAAAGCUCCGAGUGUCAUCUCCAGGGAUGGGCGAUCAGCUUGAUAUGGCUCAUAUUCAACUGGAUUGGGACAUCCUUCAGUUGUGCUUUGCAAAGCCUGAAACAGUGUGGCUGUGCUGAAACUCCCAGUGUGUUUCUGCAUGGGGCAGAAUCCAUCCACUCCGAACUGAGAGUGAAAACAACAAAACCGAUGAGUGCACUGCAAAUAUUGUGUUGUAGGCAUCUGUCGAUAAAGCUCUUGAGAAGCUCACAGAGUCCCUUUGACAGUGUGCAGGUAAUACAGCUCCAUCCAGUGCUACCAAUUGCUGAGGGUCUGCUGUCUGCUGCAGAGAAUAUACAGGCAUCAUAAGCAGGUUUAAUUAUUCAAGGACAGAGAACCAAAGUGUUCUGAGCAUCCUUUGUCUGCCAGACCCAUGUUGUUUCUGCUUUCCUUCUCCUGACCAUUGGAAUGAGCAAGCAGCUUGUUUACUUUAUACAGUGGAUUCUGGUUAAUCGGGACACAUUGGGACCAGGACAUUUUGGCCCAACUAAGUAGCUGCCCCAAUUAGCCAAAGUUUUAUGGAAAUAAUAAAAAGGUAUAAAAAAAACAAAUUACUGUUUAAUUGAGUAACAAAUUAUGUAUUUAAAUGAAAUACAGAACAAAUUGGAACACUGCCAAUACUUCUACAGUACUAUAAAUUACAUAUUAGUUCCUAAUAGUUACCAACAGAGGAAUUCAGCUGCUGUAUGCUGUCAUGUUCUUUUGAUUAGUUGUAAAUGAAGUCAGCUUGGGUGGACUGGGUGGAUGAAAUCUACAGUGAGAUCCACAGGCAGAAGGGCACAACGCAGCACAGACGAAGUCAUGGUCAUUCACUGCAACCGAGGAAGACCUCAGUCGUGAUGCCUACUCGUAUCACUGGAUGCAAAUUCUGAGGCUGAGAGAGAGGAACUGUCUCAGUGCAAUGGCUUUUCCACUUUAAAAACCCUCCCGCAUCGGUUUUCCUGUCAUUGUUGGGUAGAUGGACAACCAUUGCCAAAUAAACAAAGUCAUCCAAUGCAAUGCCUUCAUACAAUGCUUUCAAUGUUUGCGUCCUCAAAAUCUUCAUUUUCAUUGUAACUUUGAAGAUGAUUGUUGAUACCUUCAAAUUCUUCGUUGUUCCUAACUUGUUGAAAGGGUGAAAUUAUUUCAUUUUCCCUCCCGGCCAUUUCUGGCACCUUAGUGCCUGAAUGCUUCAACUGCAGUGAGCAAACAGUUCUGAAUUGUCUUACUGCUUAAUUUUUGCCCGCUAUCAAUGACAAAAAAACACUGCUUUUUGAAAGCAAACACUCACGACUAUUUAAAAACUGGUCAAUCUAAGUAUGCUGUGGAGUCUAACGGCCACACAAGUGCAGGUGACUGACACGCGAUAGAAAUUGUUCACCGAUAGGCUCAUGUCCCAAUUAAGUGCCAUGGUGUCCCAAAUAAAUGAUGGGAAUCCCACAUAUUUUCUUGAUUUGUUUUUGUUCUUUGAGGGUUAUCCCAAAUAAGCAGCCAUCCUGAUUAAUUGGUGGCCCAAUUAGUUAGAAUCCACUGUACUUAAAAGAUUUUUCUACUUAGCUCCCCUGCAUGAGGAUGCUCUAAAAUUGGUUCUCUGGAUUGGAAAUAUGGUUAAUAGACGCACUGAGAUAAAGCCCUUUAAGGACAAACCAUUGACAGAUGGUGCUGUGGUGAUUAUGACCGAAGCACUGGUUACUAUAAAGGUGGUAUAUAGCUGUAAGCAAGAUAAUUUUUAAACCUCUGCUGGAUGUUGUUGUAUGUUAAACAGAUUGCAUGUUAAAGCAAUGCAAGUCAAAUUUGCACAUGUAACAAAGCAAAUGGUGGCAUGGAAUUACAUCAGCAUGAAAAAUCCAAGCUAAAGAGAAAAAGAAUAUUCAUCGCUGUAAGAUGAGCUUCAACACCGACAGGACAGACAGGCCCCAUGACCCACAAGGACAGAACUGGUCAAAGGUUAUAAUGCCUGAUUUUGCCAAU